AUGAGAGCCGCGAGUGACAAGAAGGCCAAGGGCGCCCUGGUAGAGUUUCUGGAGGACAUUAACCAUACCACCAUUCCCAAGGAGAUUCCGGACAAGGAUGGCAGGAGCCAGGAGCGACAUCCCGACCUGGUGGCUCCUGUGGUCGAGAGGGACACGCCUGAUGAGAUGCUCGAGUCGGAGGAGGCGUCGGAGGGGGUUUGGGACACAGGCUCGGAGGAGGCGUCGGAGGGCGCGGAGAGCGAGGAGUCCGAGUCCGAGGACCCGGCGGCCAGGAAACCCCUGGCCCAAGCGGGCCCGCGCGGCCUGCAGGGCCCUGGGUCGAGCAGGCGGCUUCAGCUCCCGCCCCGUCAGGGACCCGCAAAGCCCGAGAGGAGGGGAGCGGCGGCCGAGGCUGGAGGGGCGCCCUCCCGAGACGAAAACCCAGGAGGAAGCGGCGGGAAGCAAGAGCAGGAAGGAGCGCGCGGGAGCCGGGACGCAGGCCGAGGCCGGCCCAGGGCUCAGCCGCCCGCGGCCUCCAAGUCGGCGCGUGGGAAGAAGACGGGUUGGGGCAGGAGGCUGCACCCCAUGGGCCCCGAGGGGGCGAGGCUGCAGCUGCCGGUGCGGCCCCAGCUCCGAGGGUCCUCCGCCCUCCCCGCCGCGGAGGUGACUCCGGUCGAAUCAUGCACUCCCAGCUCUUCUCUGCGCGCCGCCCUCCGCUCGCUCUCUGGUCCUUUCAGUCCCUGCUUUGCAGGUGGCGCGAGCGAUCCUGAUGCAAGAAGAAUGUAA